AUGGUUGUUUCUAUCAACGUCGGCGCCCACCCAACCAGUGUGAAACCGAUGGAGUGGACGCAAAGUACAACUCCGUCCUCGUCACUGCGCGGCCGUACUACCCCCCCAGCAUGGAUCCGGGCGUCCGUCACAGAGGAAGGGAACCUCGAAGAACGGGCUCAUAUCCCAUAUGAUCGCCUCUUCGGCCACGGGCAUGGGAGGGUGGUUCUUGGGAAGGUCAAAGAGAUCUGUGCGGAGGAGGGCGAGAAGGGUGGGUCGUUGACGUUGGAAAAUGGAGAGAAGAUAUUUCGGACACGAAGAAGGAAAUGCUCGAGCAUCUGGCAAAAUGGCGGCAGAACUUCAAGGAGGCGAAGGACAUCGUUCUGGUCGGCGGCGGUGCUGUGGCUCUGGGACAUGCUCAAAAGCAUCAGCAAACGCGGUGUCGAAGUUACUCUGAACGACAAGAUUGACGACUUGAACAUCUUCGAAGGCUUGUCGCUGACCUUAUGGUACCCUGCCGUGGUCGACGCCCAAACACCCACCCUCUCCGCUGGCACGCUCUCCCACACGAAGCACAUCCGGGCGUCUUCGACGCUCCAGGUCUUUAAUUAUCCACGGAUCUUCGCUGGCAGUGACGCAAUAGAGUGGGGCGAGCAGAAGCAGGUCAGCAAAUGGGCCGCUCAUGCGUCAGUCAUGGCGGAGAAUGUUGUGGCGGUCCUCAAGAAGGAGCAGCCAAGAGCUUUGUAUCCUGGGCCGCAUGAGAUGAUUGUGAUUCCGAAUGGAAAGGCCAUGGAGGAUGUCUCAAAGAAUCUGCAGCAGAUUAAGGGCAUCUUGUAUGGGGACGGUGAACCAGCGCCAGAGCUAGUGGCCCAGCUUGCUCAAGAGACCUACAACACCGAUCUACUGCUGCUUCUUGUCCAGAACAUCUCACGUUUUGAGUUCGAGGCAAGGAAAGACGUCGUUCAGAUCUUCAACAACCUUCUGCGGAGACAAAUUGGAUCACGAUGGCCGACAGUCGAGUAUCUUUCAGGGAAGCACGAUGUGAUCUUUGCAGCUCUUGCGGGCUAUGAGAAUGAAGAGGUGGCAUUGAACACGGGAAUGAUCCUAAAGGAGAUGUUACGGCACGAGCAGCUAUGUAAGAUUCUGCUCUACUCGGACCAGUUCUACAAGUAUCCUCACUACAUCGAGACGACGACGUUCGGCAUCUCAUGCGAUGCAUUUGCCAAUCUGAAGGAAACGCUAACGCGGCAUAAACCCAUGGUCGCAGAGUAUCUCGAUAAGAACUACGACCGAUUCUUCUCCUCUUUCACGACCCUCAUCCUGUCGAACAACUACGUCACGAAGCGACAAUCGCUGAAGCUCCUGGGAGAAAUCCUACUAGAUCGCGCCAAUUUCAAUGUCAUGACGCGAUACAUCGCCAACGAGGGGAACCUGAAGAUGAUGAUGAACCUCCUCCGGGACAAGAGCAAGAACAUUCAGUUCGAGGCGUUCCAUGUGUUCAAGGUAUUCGUUGCCAACCCCAAGAAGCCGCCUCAGAUCGAGAGCAUCCUCCGGCGAAAUAAGGAAAAAUUGCUAGCGUUCCUGAAGUCGUUCCAUAACGACAAGGAGGACGAGCAAUUCAGUGACGAAAAGCAGUUCCUCAUCGUCCAAAUUCAGAGCCUGUGA